AUGCCCGACACUCAGGUUGAGAAAGCGGCGCCGUGGUGGAUAUGGAUCGUGAUUGCGUGCGCGACGAUUGGGAUCUCGUUCGCUGGCGUUCUUCUUCAGAAUGAGCUAUACGAGACGCCGCCGAUUACUCGAGCGUGCUGGCGGCUGACGCUCACGACGUUUUUCCUCGCCCCGAUGGGAGCGUGGGAGUACCGGAGGUGGGAAUCGAGCGCGGAGCGUGACAAGAUGCGAGCUGGAAAAACAUGGGGGAUUCUUCUCGGGAGCGGGUUCGCGCUGGGCGUCCACUUUGCCGCUUGGGUGGCGAGUCUGGACAUGACGAGCUUGGCGCACUCGCUUCUGUUCGUCACGACGAGCCCUCUGCUCAUACUCGUCGAGAAUGCGAUCUUUAGGAGACACCGGCCGACUAAUAUGGAGACUGCGGGUGUAUUCAUCGGUCUCGUCGGCGCCGGGAUCACGCUGCUUGACAUUAGAGACGACAAGGAGGUCACGGCGAAGGGCGACGCGCUCGCCUUUUUGGGCGCGGUGGCGAUCGUGUUCCACAUCGAAUGCGGUCGCACCUUACGUACGUGGAUGCCGACGACGGUGUACGCGUUUCCGGUGACCCUCAUCGCGGCCGUCUUUCUCGCCCUGUUCGCGCUCGUCUUCGAUGAACGCGAGCCCGUGUUCGGUUGGGCGAGCUCUGCGAAAAUCUCAUGGUUUGUCCUCCUCGCCUUCGUUUCCGGAAUCAUCGGCCACGCCGGGUUCAAUUUUGCCCUGGGUUACGUCUCUUCCCUCGUCGUGUCCAUCUCGACAACGAUGGAACCCGUCAUAGGCACCAUCAUCGGUUUUCUCACCUACGGAACGUCGACACCGAAGCUCUUCACUCUGCUCGGCGGUCCGCUUCUUCUCGCCGGUAUCGUCCUCGUCAUCCGAGGCGGCGCCGACCAAUCCCAGGCCAACGGCGAGACGUCCGACGUCCGGGCCUCACACAUAGCUCUGUAA